AUGAAAGUCCACGUAUGGCUUUGUUCCUUUCUCUUGUUCUCUUUUCUUAUUGUUGUUCUUUUCUUGUUCCUCUUCCUGCUCCUCUUCUUGUUCUUUCUUGUUCCUCCUCCUCCUCUUCUUCUUCCUUUUGUGUUCUCCCCCGCUGGUUCUCAACAGCACGCUCAAGCGGGACAGUUCACACUCGGUCGGCUGACCCGUUCGGACCUUGACGCCUCGUCUCCCAUAACCCAAUUCCACAAAUGGUUCUCGGAAGCUCAGAGGGCAGUCAUCAGGUCUGGCUCUGCCGACGCAGCACCGGAGACGCCAGCCGUCUCGCACCCGGAAGCUUGCUGCCUGUCCACGGCGGAGCUCCCGAGCGGCCGAGUCUCCUCCCGGAUGGUCUACCUCAAGGAGCUCGACUCGCGCGGCGGCUUCGUCGUCUACACCAACCUCGGCACGAGCAGGAAGGCGGCCGACCUGCGCACCAACCCCCACGCCAGCCUCCUCUUCUUCUGGGACCGCCUCGAGAGGCAGGUCAGGGUCGAGGGCAGGACCGAGAGGCUGACCCCGGCCGAGAGCCAGGUCUACUUCGACACCAGGGUCAGGGGCAGCAGGGUCGGCGCCUGGGCCAGCAGGCAGAGCCAGGUCCUCGUCCCCUCUGCCGCCGCCGGGACCGGGGGUGGCGGCAAGGCCGGCGAGGGCAAGACCGGAGGGGGCGGCGAGGGUGGGGAGCGGGACGGAGACGAUGACGACGGCAGGGCUCAGCUGGAAGGCUGGGUCAGGGAGGCCGAGGAGAGGUUCAGCGGCCAGGAGCAUAUCCCCGUACCGGAAUUCUGGGGGGGUCUGCGCCUCAUCCCCGACAGUGUCGAGUUCUGGCAGGGCCGGAACAACAGGCUCCAUGACCGCUUCCUGUACUCCCGCGUCGACGGCAAGGACGAGUGGUCCCUCGAUAGGCUGAGUCCCUGA